GACGAUAUAUUCAACAUAGUGAUCGACAGCAUUGCAUUGAUAUUUUCACUAAAAUCUUCAUCCUUCAGAGAAUGCAGAUCCCAAUUUUCGAGUUUUUCAAGUUCAUGGAUGUAUCGGAUCUUUAUACUUUCCGAAAAUUUUACCAAAUAUUCACUCUAUAUUUCGAAAAAAUAAAAACAAUUUUAUAACCCUCCAGCAACACGUAGACACCCUAGGCUUGUACGGCCACUGUUAUUCAUUCAAAGGAAGGUGAAAGCGCCUGAUGUAACAAGCAAAAAUGGUAUAUCUAGAAAGGUUUCUGCAGUCUCGUCCUACACACUUGUCAGCUUACUCGAAAUGAUCAUCUCUGACUUUAUUGCAUGGCUUAUUGAUCAUUCAGUACGGUCAGUUGCAAGGGAUUUGGCAGUUGGCUUCAGUUCUUCGUAAACUCUAGAAAUAAACGGUUCGAGACAUAAUUGAAGAAGUGCACUGUUGUCAAUAAUGGUGAAAACGCGCCAAGAUACGGAAAUUAAUUUCGUAGGGGACACUAGUGAACAUUUCUGCAGUCGAAAGUUACCUUCCAGAAAAGAGGUGCUACGAGUAUUUUUUCACCAUAAGAAGCUAUUGAAACAAACUAUACGUUACAGUUCUACGCGUACUGCUGAAAAGGUUAUUGCAUUUUGGAACGAAGCAGGCAUUCCAGUUGGGAAUAAAAGAGAUAUCAUAAAGAAAAUAGAGCGUUUGAAUGAAAAGUGGUUAAAAUUGAAUAUGAAUUCCAGGCCGAAAGCUAAAUCUAAAGCUCAAUUCUUCAAAGAACUAGCAUUUAAAGACGAUCUCGAGGACCUGUUCGACAUUGCGCAUGUAAGGGCUUCAACAUCGAAUUUCGAAAAUAGUGAAGGGGUCGAAGAAGAAAUCGAGGGUAGGUUCUGUUGCAUUGUAUAUUUUUCAAAGAUACAGUGCAGUUGA